AUGUCUUCGACUGAAGUUGACUGGGGUAAAUAUGUGGAUGAGCAAGAGAAAUUGUCUGCAAAGGUAAUAUACUCACGUGUGUGUAUACACCACCGGCUUAACCUCACUUUUAUUUGUUUAUCACACUUUUGCCAUGCAUUUAAGAUUUUCAUUAUGUAUUUUCAUUGUUCGAUUCUCAAAAACUGAAAUUAUGUUCACGAUAAUUAACGACAUUAAAUUACUCGACAAUAUGAUUCACAUUAACAACAAUUUCAAUUUCUUUUUAUUAUGAAGCAUUUUUGUUUUCGUUUUCUUUUUGUCCAAAUAAUAAUAACAUUGUUAUGAUUAUUGUCAGGUGUCCAGUCUAAAUAUAGAUAAGGAAGUUAAAGAAAACACUGUGAAUACAGAUUCUAAAAAUGAUGAUGGAGUGGAUGAGCAAAUCUCGCCAGCAGAGAAGUCGUUACUUCAAAAGAUUAUACGUAAAGGUUUAGUAGAAACAACACAAGACAUAGAAAUUCAAAGAAAGGAUCCGUCUUCACCUUUGUAUAGCGUUAAAACAUUUGAAGCUCUUCAUCUACCACAAAAUAUGAUUGCUCAAUCACAAUCUGGAACUGGUAAAACAGCAGCAUUUGUAUUAGCAAUGCUUAGCAGAGUUGAUACCACCAAAAAUUAUCCUCAAGUACUUUGUUUGUCGCCAACUUACGAAUUAGCUAUACAAACAGGAGAAGUAGCAGCAAAAAUGUCUGCAUUCUGUAAUGAAAUAAAAAUAAAAUAUGCUGUAAGAGGAGAAGAAAUAAGUCGUGGAUCAAAGAUUACAGAACACAUAAUCAUUGGAACACCAGGAAAAGUUUUAGAUUGGGCUGUUAAAUUUAAAUUCUUCAAUUUAAAUAAAAUAUCAGUUUUUGUUCUAGAUGAAGCAGAUGUAAUGAUCGCGACACAGGGUCAUCAAGACCAAUGUAUACGUAUUCAUAACACUACUUACAGGCAACUUCCACGCACAUGUCAAAUGAUGUUUUUCUCUGCAACUUAUGAACCAGAAGUGAUGAAAUUUGCAGAAAUUAUAGUUAACAAUCCUUUGAUAAUAAGAUUAUUGAAAGAGGAAGAAAGUUUAGAUAAUAUUAAACAAUAUUAUGUAAAAUGCAAGGAUCUGGAUGAAAAAUAUGCAGCUAUUACCAAUAUAUAUGGUGUAAUAACAAUAGGACAGGCAAUUAUUUUUUGUCACACUAGGAAAACAGCUAAUUGGUUGGCUGAAAAAAUGACAAAAGAUGGCCACGCAGUAGCUGUUUUAUCUGGAGAACUGACAGUUGAACAAAGAAUUUCAGUUUUAGAUCGUUUUAGAGCUGGUCUUGAAAAGGUUCUUAUUACGACUAAUGUUUUAGCCAGAGGUAUUGAUGUUGAACAAGUAACAAUAGUUGUCAAUUUUGAUUUACCAAUGGAUCAAAAUCGGCAAGCAGAUUGUGAAACGUAUUUACACAGAAUUGGUCGUGCUGGACGUUUUGGUAAAUCUGGAAUUGCCAUUAAUUUAGUAGACUCGUCGCAUGCAAUGCAAUUAUGUAAGGACAUAGAAAAACAUUUUGGAAAGAAAAUACAAUAUCUUGAUGCAGAAGAUGCGGAUGAAAUAGAAAAAAUAGGAGUAUAG